AUGACGACUGCGGUGGUGACGCCUUGGACGGUGGAGGGCGAUGUGGAUUACGACAAGCUCAUCAAGGAGUUUGGGAGCUACCCCAUCGACGCCGCGUUGCUUGAGCGACUGGAACGUGUCCUUGGGAAGAAGCCGCAUCACUUCCUCCGUCGCGGCAUAUUUUUCUCCCACCGUGACAUGAAUCUUCUACUUGACGUGUACGAGGCGGGGCAGCCGUUUUACCUUUACACGGGGCGAGGCCCAAGUAGCGAAUCGAUGCACAUGGGCCACUUAAUACCAUUUAUGUUCACCAAAUGGUUGCAGGACGCGUUUAAGGUGCCGCUUGUCAUUCAACUAACUGACGAUGAAAAAUUUUUUUUCCGAAACAUUGAUAUUACCCAGAUUGAUGUCAUGACAACAGAGAACAUCAAGGAUAUUAUAGCAAUGGGCUUUGAUCCGGAGUUGACGUUCAUAUUUCGAAACUUUGACUACAUGGGCCACAUGUACCGCACCGUGGCGCAAAUUGAGCGGACCUUCACGGCGAGUCAGGUCCGAGGAUGUUUUGGGUUUAAAAUGGAAGACAACUGCGGCCGUUGGAUGUUCCCGGCGAUUCAAGCGGCUCCGUCUUUUUCGUCAGCGUUUCCGCACAUUUUCCCACCGUCAAAGGGAAAUGUGUUCUGUCUGAUUCCGCAGGCCAUUGAUCAGGAUCCGUACUUUCGCCUCACACGAGACAUUGCCCCGCGUCUUGGUUUUUUAAAGCCGGCCGUAAUUCACUCAAAGUUUUUUCCAGGCCUCAGCGGAUCUAAGGGAAAGAUGAGUUCUUCUACGGGAGCGGCGGUGGUUCUCACGGACACGCAGAAGGUGGUGAAGGAUAAAAUUAACAAACAUGCCUUUAGCGGGGGUGGGGCAACGAAGGAGGAACAAUUUGUUCUCGGGGCUAACACGGACGUGGAUGUUCCCAUCCAGUGGAUGAAUUUCUUUAUGGAAGAUGAUGAGGAACUUGCACGGAUCCGCAAGGAUUACAUGCUUGGACGCAUAAUGACGGGGGAGGUUAAGAAGAAGCUGAUAGAAAUUAUAAGCGGCAUUGUGAAAACUCACCAGGAGGCACGGGAAAAGGUUACUGACGACGAUGUGAAAUUUUUUACGAGCAUCCGACUUAUGGGACCAGCGAAGCAUAACAGUGCGAAGUCUGAUUGA